CGCAAGUUUGAGGCUGAGAUCAGAUCCGUUCAGAGAGCAGAGCGCAUCUCACACCUGUAGACGAGAGAAACUUUCAUUCCUGCUGUCUCUAACCCCGGCUGGACGCGAGUUUAUACUGACCGCUUACGAUUCCUGCACAAACCGAGCUCAUAUUAGCCUAUAGCUUCUCAUACAUUUUCCCGGUUUCAGAUCGAGUUCAAACAGUGAAGCGCAACUUUGGGCAGCGACGCUGAAGCGAUGGAGCCGUCCGUCAUCCCCGGCGCCGACAUGUCCGAUCUCUACUCCAUUAACCCGUUUAAUGUCUCUUUCCCCGACGAGGUGAUGGGCUUCGUUCCCGACGGGAGGAACUACACCGAGCCUAACCCGGUAAAGAGCCCCGCGGGAAUCAUCAUCGCCAUUUCCAUCACUGCUCUGUACUCCGUUAUCUGCGUGGUGGGACUCUUGGGAAACAUCCUCGUGAUGUAUGGAGUGGUCAGAUACACAAAGCUGAAAACUGCCACCAACAUCUACAUCUUCAAUUUGGCACUGGCAGAUGCUCUGGCCACUAGUACACUUCCAUUCCAGAGCGCCAAGUAUCUAAUGAACACCUGGCCUUUUGGUGAGCUUCUAUGUAAAAUCAUCAUAGCUAUUGACUACUAUAACAUGUUUACCAGUAUCUUCACCCUAACUAUGAUGAGUGUGGACCGUUACAUUGCCGUGUGCCACCCUGUGAGAGCACUGGAGUUCCGUACCCCAAUCAAGGCCAAAAUCAUCAAUGUGUGCAUCUGGAUUCUCUCCUCUGCCGUUGGAGUGCCAAUCAUGAUAAUGGCAGUUACCAGAGUGACAAAUCAAGGUGCAACUGUCUGCAUGCUGAAGUUCCCUGAUCCAGACUGGUACUGGGAUACAGUGACAAAGAUUUGUGUGUUUAUCUUUGCAUUUGUGGUACCAGUGCUAGUCAUCACAAUCUGCUAUGGUCUAAUGAUCCUACGUUUGAGAAGUGUCCGUCUUCUCUCAGGCUCUAAGCAGAAGGACAGAAACAUGCGUAGAAUCACUCGAAUGGUCUUGGUGGUUGUAGCUGCCUUCAUUAUCUGCUGGACACCUAUCCACAUCUUCAUCAUUGUGAAAACACUUGUAGACAUCAACCAGAAGAACCCAUUUGUGAUUGCCAGCUGGCACCUGUGUAUUGCACUCGGCUAUACCAACAGCAGCCUCAAUCCUGUCCUCUAUGCUUUCCUGGAUGAGAAUUUCAAGAGAUGCUUCCGAGACUUCUGCCUACCCUUCCGAACCAGAGCUGACCAGAAUAGCCUUAGCCAAGCAAGGAAUGCCACAAGGGAGCCAGUGUCAGUUUGUGCACCUUCGGAGACAGGAAAGAAGCCAGUAUGACUAGGCCUGGAGAGGAUCCCACGGGGGUCCCAGACUAGAAGAGUCCAGCAGGACCUGCAAUCUGAGGUCACUCAAAUCUCCACUACUGAAUUCUAGGAAAUAAAUGGAAGAGCCACUUCCUACAUUUUGAAAAGCAUACUCAACACUGUCUCAAGUUGUGCAUAUUCAGAAGAUAACCAGAGAAACUGAGUUAAGCAGCUCCUCUCCUGCACCUUUUUUUUUGCACUUUAUAUCUUUCAAAAGAAAUGCUAACACAGUGAUGAGCCUCUUCUGAGCCCAAUGUCCAAAACAGGGUAAACGAUCAGACUUUCGAGGUCCAGUCGAUUUUCAGGGUCUGAAAUCUUACUGGUUUUGAGGACCAAAAAUCUGAAUGAAGGACCAUUCACAGAAAGUCUGCAAACAAUGGAUGAAAUCCGAAAAUGAAAUUCGAGACAGGCUACGAUAGCAAAUCGUGAAGAUGGGUUCCAUUUGGAGGGAACUGCCUCAAAAAAAAAAAAACAAAAAAAAGUAUUUUCAGCAGUUUAUAUAUUUCAUUUCUUCUAUCUCUCAGAUAUUGGACUGGUAGAGGACAAGCUGUGGGUAAAUAGAAAAACUCAAACAAACAUGGGAAACAAAUGUAAAAACU